AUGCAAAGGACAGGAGGGGUUAAUAUCAAGCAUUCGAUUGAAAAUGGUAAGAAAAUGAAAUAUAAGCUUCAAGGAAGGAAGCUGCAGAUGCUGGAGAAAAUGCUAAAGAGGAGUUUUCCCGAGUCCCUUAAGAAUGAGAUGGAUGAUCUUGAUCAUUACACCAAUGCUUAUUCAGUUUUCUACAAGGAGCUGGAAACUUACUGGGAGCUACUGGAAAACCCAAACACUAUCAACUGGGGACAAAUUUUUCAGAUUCAAGGGCUCCAGGAUGGAAUAUGUGAAAUAUUCAGAACUGUGGCUUUAUCCAAGCUGGUAGAUGUGAAAACAUCCUCUUUCCAGAUAGUUAUCCAUCCAGACCCGGACUUGCUGCCAGAUGUCAAACUUCAGGUGGACCCCAAAUUGACUUUGGCUCACCUGGAUGUCCCCCCUGCUGGCCAGCUCAGCAAAACCGAGUCACAGGGAGGCAAUCCAAGGUGCCAGAACUAUCUUGCUGACCUCAUUUGCUGUUUCCCCAGUGCCUGUGUCUUGGAUGAACAUGGGAAUCCCCUCUCCUGGAGCCUGACAGACCAGUUUGCCACCGUGAUUCAUAAUUACAUCCUGCCAGAGCAUCGAGGGAAGGGUCCAGCAGGCUUGUGGCUACUACUCUAGCUAAGACAUUGCACAGGUGUGGCUUUCCAGCUCAGGGUAAUGUGCUGGAGACAAAUAUCCCAUCAAUAGCAUUGCUGAAAAGCACGAGUGCCCAGUUCCUUCCCCGCUCAUUUUUCAGAGUGGUUCA